CUUGAGGAAUCAUGGCUUGAUGAGUGGAUACUCGAUGGGAUCGGGAUAGGUUACCGGCUUAGAGGAGAGAAUGAAUACAAGUGGAGAUGUGCCUUUCCCUUUAACUAGCGGGAAUACGGCUACCUCAAAGGCGUGUGUUUCUGAUCAGGCUUCUUUGGUUACACAGUGAUGGGCGUCUGAUGCGUGUUUCACUACAAUAUGGUGAGUGGGACAAGGAGGACAGCACUGAAGGCGGGAUACCGAGUGACUUGCAUGGGGCUAGUGGCAGGUAAGGCUCGGAUAAAUAUGUCCCUGUCACACCCAGCAACCUCCUCCCAAAAGCCCCCAUUCCCCUUAAGCAUUACCUCUCCUGUAAUAAGAAGAAGCAGUCAUAGAAACCUAACCCUUUCACAGCGAACACAAAAGCCCAGUUUCCACAAUACUAACGAAGGAAAACAAACCAACACAGCACUAACUCCCCCUCAUUCACGGAACUACAAUUCGACUAGGCCAAUCGGUCAUCGGAGGUCCCCAAUACCAGCACCCCCGAUCCCCGCUUCCCCGCCCUUAGACCAGAGGAUAUAUUAUCAGGGUCUGAGUGAUCCUUCUCAACGCAUACACAUUGUUAUGGUCUCCUGGCCUAAUCAUACUAUUAUCUACAUGUUGAACAGCUCUCAGGAAGUAACAAGUUACAACACCUCACAGCACAAGCUAUGAUCAACAUGGAUAUAACAUGGAUUCUGGCAGGACCACUUACGUGGUUACACUGAUCUCAGCCUUGCAGUCAAUGGAAUUGACAUCAUGCUCGUAGAGGCAUGUAGUCGUGCUUUCAGUGUUACCACU